CACGGAAGUCGGCAGUGAAUGCCUCCUGAAGUGCAUCGAAAAGAAACGUAUGCUUGUAUUGCCCCGUAUGCAAGCUGAUGACAGGCCGUCCACGCCCCGAAACUGUUAGUGUCUUAACUCUGCCAUUGAUGCACCCGCCAAGCAGCCUUCUCUGCACCGCCCCUUCGCUCGCUGACGGCCACUGUCGCCCGCCAUUGUGUGUCUCUCUUUGCUUAGUUUGCUGCUCUCUCUUGCUUAUACCCGACCUAUGUCGUUCACUUUGACUUCUUGAACGUGAAUCUCCUGUAAUCUAGGUUGUUGCAUAGUCACUGUUUGAGUCACUGUUUGAGUCACUGUAUCCCGGGCAGCGCCACAGCCUCACGCAGAGGACUGACUCCACAGAGGAUGCACAUUCUCAGCGCGCUCACAUCGGUCCUCGCCCUCGCCACGUCGCACCUCGCCGCCGCCUCGUCCUCGCACCGCGCCCCGCUGCGAUCGAUACAGUUUGCCAGAAAUGCCGACAUCCUCACGCCCAACCACCGCGUAACCGCCGUGUCCACGUUCGACGUCGCCUUCGAUGUCGGCCCCCAGCGCAUCCGCCUCAGCCUCGAGCCCAACCACGACAUCUUCGUCGACGGCGGCCGCAUCACGCAUCUCGCCGCCGACGGCAGUGUAGCGCGCCAGGAGCCGAUCGACCGGACGCAGCACAAAGUGUUCAGGGGGACCGCCUGGGCGAAGCGGGGGAGUCGCUGGGAUCAUGUCGGGUGGGCGCGUGUCGGGAUACGGCGGGACGGGAUGGAUCCGCUGUUUGAGGGCACAUUCACGCUGGACCACGACCACCACCAUGUCAAGCUGGCCAGCAGCUACAAGGCGACGAGGCUGGCCGAGGACCCGGAUGUUGCGCUGAGCGGCGAGGAGAGCAUGGUCGUGUUCAGGGACAGCGAUAUGGGCAUGGCGCCGCACCAGGACCACGCUGAGCUGCGGAAGAGGGCGGGCGUGCAUGGGCAGGCGUGCGGGAGUGACCAGCUGGGGUUCAAUACGCAGGCUGACCACCCGGUAUACGCGGGCAUGCGCGUGCGGGAUAUGACUAGCCGUGCGUCGAUGCCUAUUGAGAGACUGUUCGGCAGGCAGAUCGAUGGCCAGCCGGGAAGCGGUGGCGCUGGUGUUAACCUGGUCAGCACCAUCGGCAGCACGCAGGGCUGUCCGACAACGCGGAAGGUCGCGCUGGUUGGUGUUGCGGCGGACUGCACGUACAUCCAGUCCUUCAACAGGGACAAGAACCAGACGCAGCAGAACAUCAUCGAGGCCAUCAACGCGGCGUCGGAGCUGUUCGAGAGCACCUUUCAGAUCUCGCUGGGAUUGGCAAACGUCAUCAUCACAGACCCAGACUGCCCGGCUACCCAACAGCAGUCCACGCCCUGGAACCAAGGCUGCAGCGAUAGCGUCAACAUCCAGGACCGCCUCAACCUCUUCUCCAGCUGGCGCGGCCAGCAAAGUGACAACUACUCCCACUGGACGCUGCUCUCGACCUGCAACACCGGGUCUGCCGUCGGCCUUGCCUGGCUCGGACAAGCGUGCGUGCAAGGCUCACAACAAAACAGCGGCAGCACCAGCGAGACCGUCGCCGGCGCCAACGUCGUCGUCCGCACAUCCACUGAAUGGCAAGUCAUCGCCCACGAGACCGGCCACACGUACGGCGCCGUCCACGACUGCACAUCCUCCGCCUGCGCCGACGCAAACACUGUCAACUCCCAGCAGUGCUGUCCACUAAGCAGCAGCACGUGCAAUGCCGGCGAGCAGUACAUCAUGAACCCCUCUACCGCGCAAGGCAUCACCAAGUUCUCCCCCUGCUCCAUCGGCAACAUCUGCUCCGCGCUGCAACGCAACAGCGUCGAAUCCUCCUGCCUGACCAACAACCGCGGCAUCACCACCAUCGGCAACCCCGUGUGCGGCAACGGCAUCGUCGAAGAAGGCGAGGACUGCGACUGCGGCGGCACCAGCCAAUGCGGUAACAACGCGUGCUGCGACCCGUCGACGUGCAAGUUCAAGAACAACGCUGUCUGCGACGACAGCAACGAGGACUGCUGCAAGGACUGCCAGUUCGCGUCUGCCACGACUGUUUGCAGGGCGAGUCAGGGGCCGUGCGAUCCCCAAGAGACGUGUAACGGCACGAGUCCGUAUUGUCCGGAGGAUAAGUGGGAGGAGGCGGGGAAGAGCUGUGGGAGUGGACUGCAGUGUGCGAGUGGGCAGUGUACGUCAAGAGAUGAGCAGUGUAAGACGCUGAUGGGGUCUUACACUCAGGGCAACCAGACGUAUGCGUGUGAUAGCCGCAGCUGCACGCUCUCAUGUGGUAGCCCGGAGUUUGGGCAAGAGUGCUACGGCCUGCAGCAGAACUUCCUCGAUGGCACCGUCUGUAGCGGUGGGCAUUGCGUAAACGGCCGCUGCGACGGCAAUGUCGGCAACGAAAUCAAAUCCUGGAUCGACGAGCAUCUCCCCCUCGUCAUUGGACUCGCCGCCGGUCUGGGCGGCGCCCUCAUCCUCUGCAUCCUGUGCUGCUGCUGGCGCUCGUACCGCCGCCGCAGAAGCAAGGCGAAGUAUGCUGCCCAGGCUGCUGCGUAUGCUCGCGGUCCUCAGCCGAAAAACGGUGGAAGGGGUGGGAGAAGACGGCCGCCUCCGCCACCGCCGAUGGGAGCGAACGGUGGAUUUUCGCAUAUGGGGCAGCAGGGUCCGUUUGUGCCGCCUAGUAUGAGCCAGAAUCAGGGGGCGCCGCCGCCGUAUGGGUGGCAAGGUAACGGGGGGAUACCGCAGCCGCCGCCGUUACAACAUCGUAACUCGGUGCGGUAUGCGUAGAUGUAGUCUUUCAUUCGUGUAGAGGGCACUCUUUUUAGCGUUACGGUCGUUAGUGUUGCAUUUCCUUGGCAUUUUGCUUAGAAGCGCGCCCCAUCAAGAAAAGGGAACUGGAUAGACAUCCACGAGGUGGCGACAGUAUAUAUAUCUAUGGUAUGCUACAUGAGUGGCUUUUCUUUGCAUCGAUGGCUCCUCGUCAUGCGUGACGCGUCAGCCCUACGAGCUGUGCUAGUGUGCAAGUAUCCACCAUUCGGCUCCUA